AUGGGUUCUGUGGAGCACCGACCGUUGUUACUAGGGCUUGACUCUCACUCACACAAUCAAAAUUUGUCAUCAGAUGACAUUGAAGAAUUCUUGGAACAUAGGCCCAUUGGGUUGAGAUGGUGGGCUAAGCUUGUUGCUUGGGAGUCAAGGCUCCUCUGGCUCCUUUCUGGGGCUUCUAUUGUUGUGUCCAUUUUCAAUUAUAUGCUAAGUUUUGUGACUUUGAUGUUUACGGGGCAUUUGGGGUCUCUAGAGCUUGCUGGGGCAUCCGUAGCAAGUGUUGGAAUUCAAGGUCUUGCUUAUGGAAUCAUGCUGGGGAUGGCAAGUGCGGUGCAAACUGUGUGUGGUCAAGCAUAUGGGGCCAAAAAGCAUGCAGCAAUGAGCACAAUAUUGCAAAGAGCAAUAAUCUUACACAUUGCUGCAGCAGUGAUUCUCUCGUUCCUAUAUUGGUAUUCUGGGGCUUUUCUAAAAGCCAUAGGACAGUCAGAUAGCAUAGCUGAGCAAGGCCAGCUCUUUGCACGUGGAAUUAUCCUUCAACUCUAUGCAUUUGCAAUAAGCUGUCCAAUGCAGAGAUUCCUCCAAGCACAGAACAUUGUGAAUCCUCUGGCAUAUAUGUCAGUUGGAGUCUUCCUCUUGCAUGUGCUUCUGAGCUGGAUUGUCGUUUAUUUUUUGGGCUAUGGCCUUCUUGGGGCAGCCCUUACUCUUAGCUUUUCUUGGUGGCUUCUUGUCUUGUUAAAUGGGCUCUACAUCAUAUUUAGCCCAAGAUGCAAGGAAACUUGGACUGGCUUCAGUGUAAAAGCCUUUAAAGGAAUUUGGCCUUAUUUCAAGCUCACAGUUGCUUCUGCUGUGAUGUUAUGUUUGGAGAUAUGGUACAAUCAAGGACUAGUGCUUAUAUCAGGGCUUCUCUCCAAUCCCACAGUCUCACUGGACUCUAUUUCCAUUUGUAUGAAUUACUUGAACUGGGACAUGCAAUUUAUGUUGGGCCUAAGUGCAGCAGCCAGUAUCCGAGUUAGCAAUGAAUUAGGAGCAGCUCAUCCAAGAGUAGCAAAAUUUUCUGUUUUCGUAGUGAACGGAACCAGCAUAGUCAUCAGUGUGGUUUUCUGUGCAAUUAUUUUGAUAUUCCGGGUUGCUUUGAGCAAACUUUUCACUUCUGACUCUCAAGUCAUUGAGGCUGUGUCUAACUUGACUCCAUUGCUUGCCAUCUCCGUUUUCUUAAAUGGCAUUCAACCUAUACUGUCAGGGGUGGCAAUCGGAAGUGGAUGGCAAGCUAUAGUGGCUUAUGUAAACUUAGCUAGUUACUAUGUCAUUGGUCUUACCGUUGGAUGUGUUCUUGGCUUUAAAACCUCUUUAGGAGUUGCUGGAAUCUGGUGGGGAAUGAUCCUUGGAGUUCUUAUACAAACAAUAACUCUAAUAAUUCUGACUGCCAGAACAAAUUGGAAUGCAGAGGUUGAAAAUGCUGUAUCUCGCAUCAAGAAAUCAGCUGAAGAUGAGACCUUAGAUCAACUGGUUGCAAAUGAAUAG